GAAGAGAGGCUGGGGAGGACAAGGAGGUGGGGGAGGAAGGCUGGAAGGGUCUGGCAGUCUACAGGGAGGGGUGAGCAUGGCAGGGGCAGCGAUGGGGCUGUCGGUGGUCACUUGGCGACUCUGAGUGCUAACUCAGCAGCUGCUUUCAGUACCAAUCCCUGUCCCCUCUGGGACUUGGCCAGACAAAGCCCCUGGCCCCAGGAGUCUGGGCUCCUCAGAGUAAAGGAGCUGGCCCAGCCAAGGGGUCCCUGAGGAAGCUACUUUGAUGAGAGGCUGGGGCCAACCUCAGCAGGGUGCCACAGAGGGCUGGGGUCGGGUGGGGGGGGUGCUCCACGCUUGGGUGACCUGCAGUGGACACGGCCUGACCUGGGCUUGCAGCCAAGGGUGUGCAGAGCCGUCCCCUGCCCCACCCCCGGGGAGCCACCCCGGCCCCUUUCCGGGGCAGGGCAGGCCUGCCGCAGGGGAGGGGCGGCCGCUGGGCAGCGGGUGGACCUCAGGCUCUAAUCCCCGGCAGCAGCCGUUUCCCUCAGAUCGAUUCCCUUCUCACUUUUUUUUUUCAGCUGCUGGUUCCACGGCUCGGAUCGAUGGAGCCGCCUUCCCCGCCCCUCUGAGCUUCCUCUCCCUGCUGCUCAUUAGCGCCCCGAUUAAUCAGCCCCCCUUUUCCUCUAGGGGACAAGUGCUUCUUCUCCCAUGAGGGCUCUUACUUUCACGCAAGCCUCCCCACCAGGGCACAGGCAGCUCACUGUGACCACCCCACCCUGGGGGUACCCCGGCAUCAUCCCUUCUGGGCCAGCCACCAUGGGCCCCAUCCUGACUUUCCUCAGCAAGGCACGGCCACCCCAGUGCUCCCCUGCCCUUCUGCCUGGCACCCCCUGCGCCUGCUUCUUUAGGAUUGCAUUCCCUCCGAUUCAAACCCAGCACAUCUGGGCUCCCUCCAAACCCCUUAUUUGGGCUCUUCCUGACCUCCAUGCCAUACCCUCUCCCCCACAUCAUACGUCCUCUGCUCCCUGGCCUGGCCACCCAACACGUUCCCUGCCCCCACCACAGGCCUGGCUGUGGCAAGGGAUUUGGGAAAUAUUUGGGGAGGCAAAGUGGCCACAGAUGCUUAUGCCAGCCAGGGUGCCCUCUAUCCCAGACGCAGGAGAGACUGAGUUUGGGGAUGGAGAUGAAGUAGGGGAGAGGGCGGCCAGAAUCAGAGAGCGGGCAGGGGCAUGGUGGAUGUUAAGUCCAGAGCAAAGCUCUAGGGAAGUCAAGUAUCUUGAUGGAGCCAUCACUGACCCCUUAUCUGUCUUGCCUGCCAUUCUCUGCCCUCCCCUCCCCUCCCUCAUUCAAACAAGUGGCUUUCCCAAGGAGUUCUCUGGAAGGUGCUGUGAGUGGGGUAGCGAGGUCAGGUGGUGGUUGGGUGCUGGUGUUAGGAGUCAGGGAGGCCAGGAGGUGGGGGAUGGAGUUGGCUGACCCUUCUCGGGGUGUGGUCCAGAAAAGUGGCAGAAUAAGCUAAGGACUCUGGGUGCAAGCCUCUUCCCCGGUGGCCUGGGAAUGGGGCCAGGUGGGGACCCCACGCGUGACGAGGGUGUAGCAAGAGUGUGGGGGCCUCCCGACGAGGUCCCAGGCAGGGGCCGGAGAUCCCUGUCCUGGGCUGGGGGCUGCCCCCCUCCCCUGGCCUGGCUCCUGCUGCCCGUGCCGCCGGUGAAACGCUGUUGACAUGUCCUGAAUUAUUAAGCAUGGGGUGGGCUCCGGAGCACAUGCUGAGCGGAGCGGCUGGGGCUGCACGGCGGCGUGGCGGAGCAGCGCUCGCUCCCUCGCUCACUCGCUCGCUCGCAGGGACACACGCAGGGGCUGACAGCUGUGCUGGUGCUGAUAAGGGAAGCCACAAGGAGACGAUCGAGGAGAGAGACAAGCGGCAGCAGAGGCAGCAGAGGCAGAGGCAUCAUCAGGGCUGCGGAGCUGCUGGGAGUGGGAGUGACUCCCCCACCUCGGGCCCCCACCCUGUCCCCAUCCUCUUCCCCGUUGCCCUGAGUUUAGAAGAGCCGCUGCUGCCACCGCCGCCACUCCGGAGGGCACCAGGGGCUGCUGGCCAGGGAGGGAGGGGCAGGAAGGCUCCGGCUGGUCCCAGCAGCUGGGGACAGAUGCCGAUCGAGAUUGUGUGCAAAAUCAAAUUUGCAGAGGAGGAUGCGAAACCCAAGGAGAAGGAGGCAGGGGAUGAGCAGAGCCUCCUGGGGGCUGCUCAGGGGGCAGCAGCCCCCCGGGACCUGGCCACCUUCGCCAGCACCAGCACUCUGCAUGGGCUGGGCCGGGCCUGUGGCCCAGGCCCCCAUGGACUGCGGAGAACCCUCUGGGCACUGGCCCUCCUCACCUCUCUGGCUGCCUUCCUGUACCAGGCAGCCGGCCUGGCCCGGGGCUACCUGACCCGGCCUCACCUGGUGGUGAUGGACCCCGCAGCCCCAGCCCCGGUGGCCGGCUUCCCUGCCGUCACCCUCUGCAACAUCAACCGCUUCCGGCAUUCGGCCCUCAGCGAUGCCGACAUCUUCCACCUGGCCAACCUGACCGGGCUGCCCCCCAAAGACCGGGAUGGGCACCGUGCCGCCGGCCUGCGCUACCCGGAGCCCGACAUGGUAGACAUCCUCAACCGCACUGGCCACCAGCUCGCCGACAUGCUCAAGAGCUGCAACUUCAGCGGGCACCACUGCUCUGCCAGCAACUUCUCCGUGGUCUAUACUCGCUACGGAAAGUGUUAUACCUUCAACGCGGAUCCACAGAGCUCGCUGCCCAGCCGGGCGGGGGGCAUGGGCAGCGGCCUGGAGAUCAUGUUGGACAUUCAGCAGGAGGAGUACCUGCCCAUCUGGAGAGAGACAAACGAGACAUCGUUUGAAGCGGGCAUCCGAGUACAGAUCCACAGCCAGGAGGAGCCACCCUACAUCCACCAGCUGGGUUUUGGCGUAUCCCCAGGCUUCCAGACCUUUGUGUCCUGCCAGGAACAGCGGCUGACUUACCUGCCCCAGCCCUGGGGCAACUGCCGAGCAGAGAGUGGGCUCAGGGAGCCUGAGCUUCAGGGCUACUCAGCCUACAGCGUGUCUGCCUGCCGGCUGCGCUGUGAAAAGGAGGCCGUGCUUCAGCGCUGCCACUGCCGGAUGGUGCACAUGCCAGGCAAUGAGACCAUCUGCCCACCAAAUAUCUACAUCGAAUGUGCCGACCACACACUGGACUCCCUGGGUGGGGGCUCCGGAGGCCCGUGUUUCUGUCCUACCCCCUGCAACCUGACCCGCUACGGGAAAGAGAUCUCCAUGGUUAGGAUCCCCAACAGGGGCUCGGCCCGGUACCUGGCAAGAAAAUACAAUCGCAACGAGACCUACAUACGAGAGAACUUCCUGGUUCUCGAUGUCUUUUUUGAAGCCCUGACCUCUGAGGCCAUGGAGCAGCGAGCAGCCUACGGCCUGUCAGCCCUGCUGGGAGACCUCGGGGGACAGAUGGGACUGUUCAUCGGGGCCAGCAUCCUCACGUUGCUGGAGAUCCUCGACUACAUCUAUGAGGUGUCCUGGGACCGACUGAAGCGGGCGUGGCGUCGCCCCAAGACCCCCCUCCGGACCUCUACUGGGGGCAUCUCCACUUUGGGGCUUCAGGAGCUGAAGGAGCAGAGUCCCUGCCCAAGCCGGGGCUGUGCUGAAGGCGGGGGUGCCAGCAGCCUGCUCCCCAACCACCACCACCCCCACGGACCCCCAGGAAGCCUCUUUGAAGACUUCGCUUGCUAGGAUGGUGCUGUGUCCUAAAGGACCCAGGAGUCUGGGACUCCUUCCUGGAUCCCCACUGUGGACUCCAGCUCCCGGGACAGGAGGCCGGGGGAGUGGGGGCCUGAGGCUUAGGGAGCGAGGGCGGGGCCUCUCACCCUGGCGCCAGCUGCUUUGCACAAGGCUUCCUCUUGUGCACACCCUCCACCCCCAGGCUGGUGACCAGGGAGAACUGGAGACUAGGACGUGGGCCCCUGUGGAGGAGAGAAGGGGUAGGGGUAGGAGGGAGGAGGAGGACGAGGCCCACCCUAGCAGGCGUGGAACCCUCUGUACAUUUGUAUAUAUUCAGGGAGGACAGGGUGGGGAUAGGGUGCUGAUGUAGAAGGUGGGUGGGGCGAUGGUGAUAGGGGUGGGUGGUUUAGGGACAGCCAGGGUCCCAGCCCUGCAGUGUCAGCAGGAGAGGCCAAGCCCCUCAGGACUCAGGACAGCUGGGCUGGUCCUGCUUCCUGCCCUGCUCCAGACCCGGCUCCCCUUUCGGCAGAAGAGUGGGUGAUCCAGCCGGCCUGGCCCAGCUCCCAGCUUCCCCUGCCCCAACUGCACUCCCCGAAGCCUGCGCCACAGGGAGCAGUAGCUCUUCCAGACCUUGGCUGAGCUUGGGGGUGGUAAAGGGGGCUUCCUCAGGCCUCUCUGCUUCCGAUCUGGUUUUAUAAAGUGCUGACAAAAUUGGGAAUAAAGAGGUAUUAAGAA